AUGACGCUCCACUGGCCCCUACUCGGGGAGAGCCACUGCAUGGUGCUUAGCUCCUCUACGAGGAGACACCUAGCACCCAGCCCCUUCCUCGAUAGAGGAACAAGGCCUCCACGGCUAGUGGCCCACGGAGUGCCAGCGGAGCGGAUUGCAAACACCGUAUGGUGGGAGCUCCUCUCUUCCCUACGGGGCACCGUGACGCUCCGCUGGCCCCUACUCGGGGAGAGCGAUUGGUGUGGGCAUGGCUCCUCUACGCCCCCGCUACACUACAGGAAUCUCUAUAUCUACCACCGCACACGUCCGAGUACUAGAUGUGCUUUCCGGGGCAGCUUGCGUCCUAAAAUCGCGCAGCCGAAUCGGACCGGGUGCCAACAUCAGAAUCUGUUUAUAGAUUUUAUUUUUACGGUGGGCCGUUCGAGCGGGGCUUGGAACAAAGGAAAAGCCUUCUUUCCUCUCCUUGUGGGUAGUUGUCGCUACGCCCAUCUCUACACCCUACGCAAAGGAGACCUUUUUCUAUUUGGACAUGGAAAUGGCCCAUUGCCACCCAUUCUCCUCUGUGACUUCAUAUAA